UUCCAGAUGAAAUAUAUCGUUUGUAUAUAGAUAUAUGUGGAUGUAUCAACGGAUUCUGUCUUUUGCUUCACCCAUUGCACGUGUUCAUUUCAUCCGAUGGGAACAUGCCGCUGUCACCAGUAGAGGAAGAGGUCUCGGGAACCUGCAUGAAGAAGUCAACAGACGAUUCACACAACGAACAAUGGAAAGAUUACAUCGAUGGGAUAGAAUGAAUGGGAAUGAUUGGUUCAUGAUUUACCGAGAUAAUUAUGCCUCACGUUUUAUCUUUUUCGCUGCAAUGGCGAUACCUGUAAUCGGCAUCUUGGCAUCCGAAAAUUGUAUGACAGACUUGAAAGAUGGUCAACUGUGGAAAGCCUUCAUGGAUACUAACAUAGUUCGCCAGAUGGGCAUUUUUGUUAUACUGCCGAUGUUUUCCUUUUUACUGGUGACAUAUCUGGCAUGGCACCUCAAUGCCAUUCGAAUUCAUCGGAUUUAUAUCAAUAAAAAGGAUCAGAAAACAUUUGUCGCCGUUAUUUCUCACUAUGGCAUAUUUACUCGAAAGAUACCUUUCACAAAGCACAACGUUCGAAUACUGGAAAAUGCCGGACAUCAGUUAUGGUCAUUAGUGAAAGGUUCAAUCAAAAUUAACAGACAUCGCUAUAUGCUUAAUGAUGAAGGCUUCCGAGACAUCCAAUAUCGACAUUUAAUGUUAGGGCAGAAUACUAAGCUGCCUUUCACUGCCGACAAGAGUAGGAAGACGUUAUGAUCUGUUAAACCAUCCAAAGUGUUACCAGUCAUCAAUUUAUAGUCACUAAUAAAUCUUUUACAGCGUCUUUACCUCCUCGCUUGUCUUUUUUCGCAAGUUAUGAAGUACAAUGCACUUUUUUUGAAUUCAUCUAUGGUGUAGGUGUUCUGAGAAGACAUAAAAUCGACCGCACUACAAUUACUUGCACUUAUCAUUUGUAAACGCA